CGGGAGUCCCGAGCUUGCCGCGCGCUCCCCCGCCCGCCGGCUCUCCCCGCAGCGUGAUCUGGGCGCCACGGCGGAGGGGAGGGGGGUUCGCUUCGUCGCUGGCGGCGGGAGGCCGUUUCGGAGUGCAGACCGCCCCCCUCCCCUACCCGCCUGCCCCCGUCACCGUCCCUUGUUCUCGCUCUGUCCGGCUGCAAGCCGCCGCCGCCGCGGGCGCCGAGGAGGAGAACGCGGACACCCCUGUGCCCGGCUCAGCCAGGGCCUGGCCGCGGCGCCUCCCUCCCCUCACCCCGAGCUGCAGCGCGCGGCGGCGGCGGCGGCGGCGGCGCCUCGAAUCCGAGCGACCCGCGGCCGCCGGCGCCCGCCGAGGGCGAUGGGGCUGGGCUGAGGCGAGGCGACGGCGGCGACAGCAGCGGCCCCGGGCCCCGGCCCCCCGCGGUCCCUCGGCUGCUCCGGCCCAGAGGCCGCCGAGGAGACGGCGCAGCGGCGGCGGAUCUGACAGAAACAUCCUUGGAUCUUGGUGUCUGGACAUAGGAGAAAAGGAAACGUGUGGAGAAUAAGUGAUAGCAUGCCAGUAAAGGACCUGGUUAGUCUUCAACUGUUCUGAAGCACAGAACCUAUCAGACCACUGUAGAUAUGGACAAAGAAGAAAGGAAGACUAUCAACCAGGGUCAAGAAGAUGAAAUGGAGAUUUAUGGCUAUAAUUUGUGUCGCUGGAAGCUUGCCAUAGUUUCUCUAGGAGUGGUUUGCACUGGUGGCUUUCUUCUCCUCCUCCUCUACUGGAUGCCUGAAUGGCGGGUGAAGGCAACCUGUAUUAGAGCUGCGGUUAGAGACUGUGAAGUGGUGCUGCUGAGGACUACUGAUGAAUUCAGAAUGUGGUUUUGUGCAAAAAUUCGCUUUCUUUCUCUGGAAACUCACCCAUUUUUGAACCCCAAAUCUAUGACUAAUAAAGUUGCAAAUGGCCAUGCUGUUCAUCUAACUGAAAAUUUGGCUGAAGAGAAUAGGCAUGAGAUGAAUAAAUAUUCACAGACUCAACCACAGCAGGUCCGUUAUUUCACCCACCACAGUGUAAAAUACUUCUGGAAUGAUACCCUUCACAAUUUUGAUUUUUUAAAGGGACUGGAUGAAGGUGUUUCUUGUACGUCAAUUUAUGAAAAGCAUAGUGCAGGACUGACAAAGGGGAUGCAUGCCUACAGAAAAUUGCUUUAUGGAGUAAAUGAAAUUACUGUGAAAGUGCCUUCUGUUUUUAAGCUUCUAAUUAAGGAGGUUCUCAACCCAUUUUACAUUUUCCAGCUGUUCAGUGUUAUACUGUGGAGCACUGAUGAAUACUAUUAUUAUGCUCUAGCCAUUGUGAUUAUGUCUGUAGUGUCAAUUGUAAGCUCUCUGUAUUCCAUUAGAAAGCAAUAUAUUAUGUUGCACGACAUGGUGGCAGCUCACAGUACUGUGAGAGUUUCAGUUUGCAGAGUGAAUGAAGAAAUAGAAGAGAUCUUCUCUACAGACCUUGUGCCAGGAGAUGUUAUGGUCAUUCCAUUGAAUGGGACAGUCAUGCCUUGUGAUGCAGUUCUUAUUAAUGGUACUUGCAUUGUAAAUGAAAGCAUGUUAACAGGAGAGAGUGUUCCAGUGACAAAGACUAAUUUGCCAAAUCCUUCAGUGGACAUAAAAGGAAUGGGAGAUGAAUUCUAUAGUCCAGAAAUACAUAAACGACACACUUUGUUUUGUGGGACUACUGUAAUUCAAACUCGUUUCUACACUGGAGAACUUGUCAAAGCUGUAGUAGUUAGAACAGGAUUUAGUACUUCCAAAGGUCAGCUUGUUCGUUCUAUAUUAUAUCCCAAACCAACCGAUUUUAAACUCUACAGAGAUGCCUACUUGUUUCUACUGUGUCUUGUGGCAGUGGCUGGUAUUGGAUUUAUCUACACUAUCAUCAAUAGCAUUUUAAAUGAGGUAGAAAUUGGGGUAAUAAUUAUCGAGUCUCUGGAUAUCAUUACCAUUACUGUGCCACCUGCGCUUCCUGCUGCAAUGACAGCUGGUAUUGUGUAUGCCCAAAGAAGACUGAAAAAAAUUGGUAUUUUCUGUAUCAGUCCCCAAAGGAUAAAUAUCUGUGGACAGCUGAAUCUUGUUUGCUUUGACAAGACUGGAACUCUUACUGAAGAUGGUUUAGAUCUUUGGGGGAUUCAACGAGUGGAAAAUACACGUUUCCUUUUGCCAGAAGAAAAUGUUUGCAAUGAAAUAUUGGUAAAGUCUCAGUUUGUUGCUUGUAUGGCUACUUGUCAUUCACUCACAAAGAUUGAAGGAGUGCUUUCUGGUGAUCCACUUGAUUUGAAAAUGUUUGAAGCCAUUGGAUGGAUUCUGGAAGAAGCAACUGAAGAGGAAACAGCACUUCAUAAUCGAAUUAUGCCCACUGUGGUUCGUCCAGCGAAACAGCUGCUUCCUGAAUCCACACCUGCAGGAAACCAAGAAAUGGAGCUGUUUGAACUUCCAGCUAUUUAUGAGAUAGGAAUUGUUCGCCAGUUCCCGUUUUCUUCUGCUUUGCAACGUAUGAGUGUGGUUGCAAGGGUGCUGGGGGAUAAGAAGAUGGAUGCCUACAUGAAAGGAGCACCUGAGGUCAUUGCCAGUCUUUGUAAACCUGAAACAGUUCCUGUUGAUUUUGAAAAAGUUUUAGAGGAUUACACUAAACAGGGUUUCCGUGUGAUUGCUCUUGCGCACAGAAAAUUAGAGUCAAAACUCACAUGGCAUAAAGUACAGAAUAUCAGCAGAGAUGUCAUUGAAAACAACAUGGAUUUUAUGGGAUUAAUUGUAAUGCAGAACAAAUUAAAGCAAGAAACCCCUGCAGUACUUGAAGAUUUGCAUAAAGCCAACAUUCGCACUGUCAUGGUCACAGGUGACAAUAUGUUGACUGCUGUUUCUGUGGCCAGAGACUGUGGAAUGAUACUACCUCAGGAUAAAGUUAUUAUUGCUGAAGCAUUACCUCCGAAGGAUGGGAAAGUUGCCAAGAUAAACUGGCAUUAUGCAGACACCCUAACACAGUGCAGUAAUUCAUCAGCAAUUGACUCAGAGGCUAUUCCAAUUAAACUGGUCCAUGAUAGCUUAGAGGAUCUUCAGGUGACUCGUUACCAUUUUGCAAUGAAUGGAAAAUCAUUUUCAGUAAUAUUAGAACAUUUCCAAGACCUUGCUCCUAAGUUGAUGUUGCAUGGCACUGUGUUUGCUCGUAUGGCACCUGAUCAGAAGACACAAUUAAUAGAAGCAUUGCAAAAUGUAGAUUACUUUGUUGGGAUGUGCGGUGAUGGUGCAAAUGAUUGUGGUGCUUUGAAGCGGGCACAUGGAGGCAUUUCGUUAUCAGAGCUCGAGGCUUCAGUGGCAUCUCCCUUUACCUCCAAAACUCCUAGUAUUUCCUGUGUGCCAAACCUUAUCAGGGAAGGCCGUGCUGCUUUAAUGACUUCUUUCUGUGUGUUUAAAUUUAUGGCUUUGUACAGCAUUAUACAGUACUUCAGUGUUACUCUGCUAUAUUCCAUCUUAAGUAACCUAGGAGACUUCCAGUUUCUUUUCAUUGAUCUGGCAAUCAUUUUGGUAGUGGUAUUUACAAUGAGUUUAAAUCCUGCCUGGAAGGAACUAGUGGCGCAAAGACCACCUUCAGGUCUUAUAUCUGGGGCCCUUCUCUUCUCCGUUUUGUCUCAGAUCAUCAUCUGCAUUGGAUUUCAAUCUUUGGGGUUUUUUUGGGUCAAGCAGCAACCUUGGUAUGAAGUAUGGCAGCCACAGUCAGAUGCUUGUAAUACAACGAGAAGCCUAUAUUGGAAUUCUUCACAUUUGUACAAUGAAAGCAAUGUUGAUACACAUAAUAUUCAAAAUUAUGAAAAUACCACAGUAUUUUUUAUCUCCAGUUUUCAGUACCUCAUAGUGGCAAUUGCCUUUUCAAAAGGAAAACCCUUCAGGCAGCCUUGCUACAAGAAUUAUUUUUUUGUUGUGUCUGUGAUGAUUUUGUAUGUUUUCAUAUUACUCAUCAUGUUGCAUCCAGUUGCCUCUAUUGACCAGGUUCUUCAGAUAGUGUGUGUACCAUAUCAGUGGCGUAUAACUAUGCUCAUGAUUAUUCUUGUCAAUACCCUUGUAUCUAUCAUGGUGGAGAACUUCUUCCUUGACAUGGUCCUUUGGAAAGUUGUGUUCAAUCGAGACAAACAAGGAGAAUAUCGCUUCACCAGCACACAGCCACCACAGGAGUCAGUGGAUCGGUGGGGGAAAUGCUGCUUGUCCUGGGCCUUGCGCUGUAGAAAGAAGAUACCAAAGGCAAAGUACAUGUAUCUGGCUCAAGAGCUCUUGGUUGAUCCAGAAUGGCCACCAAAACCUCAAACAACAACAGAAGCUAAAGCUUUAGUUAAGGAGAAUGGAUCAUGUCAAAUCAUCACCAUAACAUAGCAGUGCAUCACUGUUGGUGAUAUGCUAGUAGCAGGAGAAUGUAAUUUUAGGACAUUCUGAUCCUUUGUGUCAGAAUGGCACCAAUUCAAUUUAUGUCCCUUCUAAUACAGUAGCUGAUAGAGAGCUUUUUUCUUCUUUUUUUAAUAAAUGGAACAAAACAAAAAGAUUGGCCCAUCAGUUAAAUUAAUAGUCAGUCUGUAAAGUCCUGUAUCUUCAUUCAGUAACUACAUAUUAUAUAUACUUCUAGAAUUUUCUUGUUGCCCUCAGUGAUACUCUAUAUAGGGUACAGAAGAAAGUGGUAUUUGGUAGGUUUUUAAACGUUAGCUUUUGAGACUUGGUUUAUCCAUUUAAAUUUAUUUUCACAACCCCCUUAUUAGAAAAAGUCCUUGUUUACAUACCGGCCCUAAAUUUGUGAUUGGUAAAUAAAAUGGGUGUUAAUUAACCUUCAGUGAAAAUAGGUAGAAAGCCUGUUUCAUUUGAUUCCAAAAUUUCUUCCAAAGAAUUCUGUAUAUACAUACACCAGUUCCCUUUGAUAGCCUAGGAGUUUUAUGGUGUUGCUUAUAGAACAACUCAGGUAAUUUCCAUUUAUGGUUUUAUAUUUUCUGUACAAACUGCCUGGGUUUUAUUUUUCUAAUCGCAAGGUGCUUCACUGCCUUCUUCAGAUGUCCCUCAAAGUUAUUAAAUGGAUCUUGUGGUAUGUCUGCUGUCACUAGUAUAAUUUACUUCACUUAAAUGUUGUAGAACCAUUUUCACUAGGAAAAAAAAUUUUUUUUGGCAGUAGAUACAAAUCUGUCUAAUAUCUCUUCACAUCUUUCCCCCCACCCUCAGGUUUUAUAUCAUUUAAAUAUUUUUAUUUUCUUCUAUGUUUCUAAUUAACAGCAUAGGAUAAUAAUGCAUUGGGUUUUGUUUUGUUUUAGUUUUUGAGUUAGACUUCAACCUCCUAAAAU